AAACGAAACUUUCAAAUUUUCCGCCAUUCCAAGCGACGUCGUCGAUUGGACGAAGCCUUCUUAGCUUACACUCAAUGCCACCAGGUGCCCGUGAAAGUAUACACAAAAAAAUCGGCUGCUUCAUGUCGCUUUUGCACUGUUGAUAUUUCGAUCUGAAUUGACCUGAAUGAGCUGAUGGGUUUCAGCUUGCGUUUAGCUCUAGCGCUAGCGCUCAUCUCUGCGCUCGAAGCCAACGCGGCCGCCAACAAGGCGAAAGCGAGCAAUGGCGCUAAGCUUUGCAAAGAGGAACCGGACAUAAUCGUUGAAAGAAACCUAGCUCUGACGGGCUACCACAGGGAGCUGCAAACUGUGAUCCACUCGCGAAACCGACUCAAAGUCAAGGGACGGCCCCCAACGCUGCUGCUUGUGGAAGCGAUACCGUCGGGCGCCUAUGUUGACGCUUACCAACUGCGGCUUCUAGACGACAGUGAUGCCACGUUCGGAGUUCGCGGCAAGGUGGACGUGGAAGAAAUGGCCCAUCAGGCAAGUGGACACAGCGUCUUCGCCUUCUUGCCGUUGAACGAGACCUCCGCGCUGGCAGCGCUGCCCGUCCACAUGCGGUACCACAAGGCGCAGAGCUGUAUCGCCGACGGUCCCUUCGCCAAAGUGACGCUGCACCCACCGUCCAUGUACUUCAGGCACCCAGACUUAGACUUCCCAGACACGUGCGAAGAUAUACAUCUUCUACCCUGCGAUGCAGCCAACAUGGAGCGCUUAUGCCCCUGGAAGCAACUGCAAGUUGCUAAUAUAAAUCACUUAACGGCAGAGGUGCCCGUCGGAUGCCUGGAGGACGGAUUCCUGGUCUCGACCACCACGCUAGUCACAUAUAGCCUUUGCUCCAUUGCCAUAGCAUACUACGUCUUUAUGCACGGCAAAAAGCCACGUUCGGACUAGCAAGUACUGCUCUUGGAAAUGCUUCAAUGUGAAAGUAGCCCGUUUCUUUUUUUUAAUCUAGUCACAGCUGCUGUCGCGAUUUCAUUUAAGCAAUGCAUCACUCCAUAGCACGGAAACAAAGGACGUGCCAGAGGGGAAACAACAAAGUACCUGUUCAUGCAGUUUCUCAUUCUGUGAUCAAAUCUAGGCGAAUAAGAUUAUGUGUCAACGCUUUUAAUGACAGACAGUGCUGCGCAUCUGCACACCUUUCUGCUUAAGUGGAAAUCCUGUUCAUUGGAGCACAUUUUUAGGCAGAGCUUACAUAACUCACAGAAUUCAGUGGUGGUGACGUACGUGAAAAGCCCAGUGCCGGCGAGCAUACAGACACGCAGCCGUCGAAAGUGUGCCAGUCACGUGUGUAUUUAUAUGCGCCAUUUUUCAAAAACUGAUGCUCUCUGUUGCGGGCUUGUCAGCGAUCAGCAGUUUCUGUUGCGGCAUAGCAAAAAUUUGUUGCUGGGCUUCUUGGCUCAUGGUCCUAAAAACUGGAUAUAGCGCGGAUUCAACACAGUACAAAGAAAGAAAGAACGCUUGUUCUGUGCAUCGGUGUUCUUCUUCUCUGUCCUGCGCCGAAUCUGUGCUAUGCAGUAUUUAAGUCUGUUACGGCAAUCUGAUCAUCUAUUGAGGUGACUAGUCAUUUCACGGUGGAACAUUUCACUGUUCAACAACUGAAGUGUUGCACUGCAAAGCACGUGAAUGACUGUCCGAUUCCCGGCAUGCGGGAAGGAAACAGUUAGAAGGGAGCAUUGUGCAGCGUGAUAAAAAGGAAAGUAUUACGUCAGGCAUGCACACGCCAAGCUUUGCUUGUCCCUGCUUUCCUGACAGGGCAAGGGCUCCUGAAUUUUAACGUGAUAGUGUUAAAGAGCUCAUUUCGCAGAAAUGCCGGUGUCGGUGGCGUUGGUGUCUUUGGUUGUGGAGUGAAAA